AUGAGCCUAUUUAAUAUGAACUCAUUUUUAAAUAACGAUAACAAAAAUAUUUUUAAUAAUAGUUUUAAUAAUACAAAUAUAGAUAAAGGUAGUUUUUCAGCUUCAAAUAAUUUAUUAAAAAAUAAAAAUAUGUUUAUGUCAAAUACAUCGUCUAAUAGUAUUUUUGGAUCGUUUAAUCAAGGAAAUGCAAAUAAGAGUAUUUUUGGAAAUACUAAUAUUCAAACAAAUUUAACAAAUACUGAUCAUUCUAUUUUUGGAAGUUCAAAAAAUCAGCAAUCAAGCAAUGCACUGGUAAAUAAAAGUAUAUUUAACAUUGGUAACGUUUCCACGAGUUUAACUGGAAACAAAGGCUUAUAUGAUAAUAUAAAUAAUCAUUCUAAUUUGAAUACAAAGAAUUUAUUUGGCACAUCCAAUGUUAAUACUACUACUCAAGGAAAUUUAGGAAAUAGUUUAUUUAUGAAUACAAAUAAUCAAAAUAAUUUGAAUAUGAAAAACAUAUUUGGAACAUCAUCCUUAAAUACUCAAGGAACAAAUUUAGCUAAUAAAAGUAUCUUUGGAAGUUUACAACCAAAUAACCAAACUACAACAUCCAAUAACAUUUUUGGAAACUUAUCAUCAAAUCAAAGUAAUUCACGAAAUAUUUUUGGAAAUUUAUCGUCAACUACUCAAAAUAAAACAAGUAUCUUUGGAACAUUACCUACAACUAACCAAAAUACAAGUAGUAUUUUUGGAAAUGCAGCAACAACCAAUCAAAAUAAAACUAGUAGUAUUUUUGGGUCUUUACCAACAUCUAAUCAAACUACAACAACAAGUAAUAUUUUUGGAGGCUUAUCUACUAAUCAAGCAAAACCUACAAGUAAUAUUUUUGGUUCUUUACCAGGAACUACUACAAAUACAUCUACAAGUAAUAUAUUUGGAAAUACAGCAACAACUAGCCAAAAUAAAACAAGUAGUAUUUUUGGGUCUUUACCAACAUCUAAUCAAACUACAACAACAAGUAAUAUGUUUGGAGGUUUAUCUACUAAUCAAGCAAAACCUACAAGUAAUAUUUUUGAAUCUUUACCAGGAACUACUACAAAUACAUCGACAAGUAAUAUUUUUGGAAAUGCAUCAACAAUACAAAAUAAAACAGGUGGUAUCUUUGGAUCUUUAUCAACAACCACUCAGCCUAUAAGCAAUAAUCUUUUUUCAUCUACGACUCCAACAAAUCAAGGAGUGACAAGUAAUAUUUUUUCAUCUACUCCAGCUAGUCAAAAUAAAUUUAAUAAUAUUUUUGGAGCAUUACCAGGUACCACCCCAAGUACAACUGCGACAAUAACUUCAACUACUAAUAAUCCAGGAACUAAUGCGAACACUACUUCUACUAAUAUUUUUGGAAAUGUAACUGCAAGUACAAAUCAAACUAACAUAAAUGAUAAAAAUAUAUUUGGAACCUCAUCAGGCUUAUCUCUAAGUACAGUAAACACUAAUUUAAAUUCUAAUAUAGGCACAAACUUAGGAUCUAAUUUAAAUAACACUUUAAGUUCCACUUUGAAUUCCAAUUCAAAUACUAGCUUAAAUACUGGUUUUAAUACAAAUAUAAGUACCAAUUUACCUAGUAAUUUAAGCGGUACUUUAAAUACUAAUUUAUGUAAUAAUUUGAGUAGCAAUUUAAGUGGAGGUUUAAAUACAAAUGAAAAUGCAUCAAAAAAUAUUUUUUUAAGUGACAAAAAUGUGAUAAAUAGUAGUCCAGUUGUACAAGAUAAACUUUUGACAAGUGAACAAAGCAAAGAAAAUGGAGUAUUACUACAAGAAUUGAAAAGAGAUAAGGAAGAGGUUGAAAAUAUAGAAAUAUUAGAUAAUCUUGAUGAAGAUUUAAAAAUUAUCAAAAGCAAAGAAAGUGUUUUUGACAAAAUUUAUAAUGAUGGAAUAAGUAGUGAUAAAGGUCAAGAAAGAACAUUUUAUAAUUAUAUAAAUUUGAUAAUUAAUGACAAUAUAAAUAACAUACAAAAAACUACAUUUUCUUUAUUAAAUGAUCAUGAUUCCUUAAUGUGGGAUAAUUUUAAAAGUAAUAUUUUUAAAAAUUUUGUUGAUUACUUGGUUAAUUUUAAGCAAAAAAAAAAUCAAAAAGUUAUAAAAAGUAAUGUACUUGAUUUAGAUCAACAUGAAUUUCAAAUAUUAAUUUGGUUGUAUAAUGUUAAUUCUUAUAAAAUAGAUUUUAUACCUUUUAAAAGUUUUUAUUAUUUCUUAUUAAGUAACACUCAUUUGAAUUAUUCAAAAUUUUUUUUUGGAAAUUCUGAAAAGGAUAUUUUAUAUGACAAUUUUGUUGAAAUUAAUGAUCAUUAUUAUAUGAAUUCGAAGAAUCAUUUUAUAAAAUCGCAAAUAAAUAGUUUUGAUGAAAAUGUAGCAAAUAAUGAGAAAAGUAAUAAUAUAUUAGAUUUUGAUUCUAUCUUUAAGCAAAUUUUAAAGGACAUUUUAAACAGCUUAUUAAAUAUGAAUUUGUCUAUAACUAAAGAAAAUAUUAAAAAAAAAGAAAAAGAAGAAUAUUAUGAUGGUGAAAAUAAAGAUAAAAUAAAUUAUGGAAAUUAUACCUAUGAAAAUUUGCUACUUAAUUACCUAUUUGGAACAUUACAACAUUUACAUGAUAAAUUUUAUAAAAUAGAAAUAAGUAAUUAUGUUUCAAAAGAUAUAAAUCAAAUUGAAGAAUAUUUUUUUGACACUAAAUCUAAUAUAAUUUUUUCUUAUUGUUAUAACAAUUAUUAUAAAAAUGAAAUGGAUAAGGAAAACUCUACUAUUCAUUUUUUUUUUUAUUUAAUCAACAUUAUGUUUCGUUGCGGAAAUUAUAUAGGAUUAAUACAAAUAAUUAAAAAUGAAGAAUUCAUUAAGCAUUUAAGUAUUGACAGUUAUUUAUAUGAUUUUAUAAUAUUGUUAAUAAGAAUAUUAUUUUUAAUUUAUAACAAAAAUAAUGAAAUAAAUAUAUUUGAAAAUACAAAAAUUGAAAUUAAUUGCAGUGAUAUACUAAAAAAAAAAAUUAAUAUAUCUAAUUUAAUUAAUUUUUUUCAUUCUAUUAUAUAUAUAUGUGUUAAUAAUAUAUAUGCUUAUGAUUUGUUGUGCAUUUUAUUUUCAGAUAUAUUUUAUAAAAAUGGAAAUAUAUACACAAAUAGGGAAAAAAAAAUUGAAAUGAAGAGUAUUUUUUAUUACACAAAUAAAAAGAAUAACUAUGAUAAUAAUUACGAAGAUGAAAUAGCUGUGGAUAAUAGUUGUAAUAAUGGAAUGAGAACCUAUGAUAAUGAUGAUUAUAAUAAUGAUAUUGAUAAUGAAUACAAAAAAGGUAAUAAUGAACAUAAUAAUACUCCUGAAAAAGAAAGAAAAAGUAAAAGAAAAACUUUUUUUUUUGAUAUGAUUAGUAAUAUAUUGCAAAAACCUAAAAAAAUGAAAGAAGGUUCUUUUAACAAUAUGGAAAUAAAGGAUGAACUUGAUAAAAUAAACAAAGGAAUGAUACAAGGAAAUAAUAAUGAUAUAUUAGGAAUAACAAAUAAAUAUAGUUAUAACUUUGAGUAUUGUAAUAUUGAAACAAGUAUUUGGUUUGAAUUGACAUUAUUUAUUACAAAAAAUUUUGAUUUAUAUAGUAGUAAGUUUCAAGAAAACUUUGAUAUUCUUGAUUCUAAUUUAAGUUUUUAUAGAUAUGAUGAUGAUAACAAUACAUUUUUAAAUGAUACAAAGCAUAGAAGAGAAAAAAUAAAUAGUAAAAUAGAAAAAUUGUUUAUUAGUAUUUCUAAUUAUAUUAUUACUGAAAAUAAAAAGUAUUUGUCUAUAUGUUCAAAACUUAAGGUUGAUGAAGUAAUAAAUAAUUUUAUUAUUGUUGAUGGUAAAAUUGCAGAAAAGAGUAAAGGGAAUAUUUUAAAAAUUUUAAAAAAUAAUUUUUUAUUAUAUAUUAAAUUAUUUUAUUAUUUAUUAUUAGUAGGAAAUAUAUAUACUACAGUUGUUUUUUUAUCUUGUAUAUCUAACAAUUUGCAAAGAAUAUUAUUAGUUCUAACAAUAUUCUUACAUAAAAAUAAUAUUUUUGAAAAUCCUUAUUUAAAUAAUAUCAAAAUGAAAACAUUAAACUUUUUAAAAUUUCAAAAUGAAAAUAGUCUAAUUCUUGAUAGUUCACAUGAUAUUAAUGAUGUUCCUACUUCAGAUAAAGUAAAUUUAGUAGUAUUAGGUAUGAGCAAUAAUGAUAUUCCUUAUGAACACUUUAUUCUGAGAAAUAACAAUAUUAAUAUUUUAUUGAAAAUAACAUAUUUACUUAACUUAAAAACAUAUAUAAGCAUUAAAUUACUGAAAAGUAUAGUACAAGAAAACCAAGAUAUUUUACUGAAUGAAAGUAUAAUAGGUCAUAUAAAUAAUAAUGGAAAUAUAUUUUAUGGGAAGUUACAUGAUUUUUUAUUUUUAUUUAAAAAUAAGGUAAAGAUAAAAAAAGAUAUUAAAUGUUUUUUUUUAAUGUAUUAUGUUUUAAAUAAACAGAAAUUUUCUCAUAAUAAAAUAUCAAGCAAAAAAAAAAGUGAAAAUGAUGAAUAUCAUUAUAAAUCUAGAAAUUUUAAAUUUGUUUAUAACAAAAAUAUUAAUACUUUAAGCAAAAUAUCAUUAGAUAAUUCUGUUAUAAGCGUUCAUUCAUCUAUUUUAUAUAAAAUUUCUCAGUUCUAUGCAAUAUUAGCAUAUUUUGCAAAUCAAAGGAAAAAUUAUAUAAUAUCAUUUAUAUGUUAUUAUAUAUUAAAAGAUGAACACAGUGCAAUUAAUUCAUUAAUUAGAAUAUACAAUGACGAACUCAUAUAUUAUUUUCAUAAUAAUGAGAAGGAAUAUAAUUAUAUACGUAAAUGUGCUUUUAGAUUUUAUCAUUUAGCAAAGAAUAUGUGGCCGUCUAAUGUUAAAUUAGAAUCAAUUGAAAACAAAUCACAUCUUGUUUUAACUAUAUUAUUUAUGAAAAAAAAAAUGUUUGAAGAGGCUUUUAUUAUUUUUUCAUCAAAUUUAAUCCCUGAAAAUAUGUUAGAAAAAUUGUCAACAGCUGAUUACUAUAAUAUUGACUUGUCAUCAAAUUUUUUAAUGACAUUAAAAGAAUUAUGCAAAAAAAAUAAGAUAAGUGAAUUAGUUAGUAAAACAACCUUAUAUGAUAUUAUUAAGUUUUUAUUACCUAUUAAAGACAAAUUAGAUUCCCAAGUUGUUGAAAGCAUAAAUUAUUUAAGUUCAUUAAGUUUUUAA